GCUAGAGAACCGCGCAUUGGGAGCGGGAUGGCAGGGAGAGUAAAGCACCACGUCCUCCUCCUCAUGGGGCUCUUGCUGACAGGGACCGCUACAGUCCGGGGAAGCAGAGUGGGAGCGAUGCUUGAUGAGGAGAGGGAGAAGGAAAACGACGCAGAGAGCCCGUGUGAAGUUAAAACCGUUACCGUUUCUACCCUGCCUGUACUCCGCGAGAAUGAGUUCAGUUUCACCGGCGGUGGCUCGGGGAGCGUGGCCGGAGGAGGAGGGGAGUCCCGACUCCUUUUAUUCGUUAGAACAGACCUACCUGGACGAAUUUCCGUUAUGGAUGAUCUUGACAACACCGCUCUCCCAUACUUCACACUGGAGAUGUCAGGUUUGGGGGCAGACAUCUCUCAGGUGCAUUGGAAGCAGCAGUGGCUGGAGAACGGAACGCUGUAUUUCCACGUGUCCAUGAGCACCUCUGAGCAGCUGAUACAGACAACCGUGCCCACGGCCCAGGAGCCUGCUCACGUCCUGCACGAACACAUGCACCUGCUGCACAUCUCUGUUAUGUCUCUCCAUCACAGACCUCCCUCAGCCUGCUGUGGACAUCACCGUCUCUGUCAGGGAGAGGCCGAUCUCAAUACUGACACAUAUGUGGGAAAGACAUCUUAUUGACAUGGAACUCUGCAUUGAUCGUGCAGUUUAUUCUGAUUUGUGUUGAUCGUCCAUAUUGUUGGAAUUGAAAUGCUUUUGUCAUUUGUGUUAAUAUAACAUUUUUGUGUAAAUUACAUUGAGAUUGUGUGUUCUUGAGUUCUUCCACAGUAAAUCAAUGGCAGAAAUAUAGAUAAAUAUAAUUGACAAACCAAUAUACCCUCAAUUUUACUCUUUCAGUUCUGCACUUUUUUGCUGUCUAUAUGCUAUGUUAGAUAGAGUUCCAAAAGAAACAUUGACGCAGGGAAUGCUUAUGUCCUUGCAACUUGUGCAUGAUUCCAAUCAGUCAAUGUGAAAGAUGGGAUUGUGAA